AUGCAUGAUCCUCGGCAGUAUGACAGCCCCCCCAUGUACAGCCCACCUUACAGCACCACGUCUCACAACUUCUAUCCCAUGAGGGGCCUCCACUCCCCCCACAGCCACUAUGUCCCCCAGUCCUACAAUCUCCCUCCAGACUCCUACUAUAUAGAGGAGAAGCCUCAGCACUUCUACCGCUGGCUCUCUCCUCCUGGCCUCGUCAAAACCUUCCAGGGAGCCACGGUGCUCAUGUGCUUCCUCAUCUUCGCCUUUGUGGCCUCGACCUUAGUGUGGGACAUACACAGAGGUGGAUACGGAGGCUAUGGGGCUGGGGUGACGGGGGGUGGGGUUGGAGGGACGGGGUCUGGUUACUAUGGAGGCAGCUACGGCUAUGCCAGCUCCUACAUGACGCCGCACUCUGCCAAGUCAGCAAUGAUCGCAAUGGCGUCCAUCAACUUCCUGGUUUCACUGGGCUUCCUGGUGGGGAGUUUCUCGAGGUCGCAUGCCAUGCGGGGAGGCAGGUUCUACCUCAUCAUGUUCAUCAGUGAUAUCAUCUUAGCCGUCCUCCAAGGCAUCAUUGACAUCAUCUUUGUGAUCGGGGUGAACCCCAUGUCUCAGAGCUCCCAGAGCAUGCUGUACAACCCCAUGCUGAUGAUGUGUCAAAACAUCCAGGCCAGCCCCAGCCUCAGUGGCAGCGUGGGCGCAGGGUUCCCCGGGGGUUUCCCCAUGUACAAUCAAUACCUGCAGCACUACUGCUAUAUGGACCCAGAGGAGGCAGUUGCGUUAGUGUUGGGCCUGAUGGUGGUGUUGGCCCUCUGCCUGGCUGCUUACUACGCCUACAAGACCCGAAGUAAAAUCUGGUGCCACGGCAAAGCCAACAUCUACUGGGACCCGCCGCUGGUCAGGACCUCGGAGGGACAGGAUGUCCAGGACUGGGUGAACCAUGUUGCAGAGGGGCGGAGCACCCAGCAGGCGCCAACUGUUGUUGUAUCAGAGAGGGCAGCACCUGACCUGAAGACGGGAAACAGUGUGGUUGCCGUCAGCAUCAACAGCGGAGGAAAUUUCAAUGGAAAGACGUUCUCCACCAGCAACACCAACAGUCUUCAUCCCGAGCCUCUGUACGAGAACACCAAGCCCACAGUUCGCUCCAGCAGCUCCUCAGAGCAGGCCAGCAGCAUCAAGAAACCUCCUUAUCGCACAGAGAAGGAAUGGGGCCAAGAUCGAGGGUCCAGCCCUGCCACUGAGGAGGUGGUCGAGUCCCAGUAUGAGACUGGUUACACCACUGGAGGAGACACUGGGAAUGAGCUAGACAGAGACCAGAGAGAUUACCUUCACAGGUUGUACCCAGAGAUAAUUUCAGACCAGCAACGGCGUCAAUACAAGCAGGAGUUUGACUCAGACCUGGUGCGCUAUAAGAGCCUCUGUGCUGAAAUGGACGACAUCAGCGACCAGAUGCACAAGCUGAGCCGAGAACUGGACACUUUGGAUGUGGGCUCCAUGAAGUACCAGGGUGUGGCAGAUGAGUAUAACAGACUGAAGGACCUAAAGAGGACGCCAGACUAUCAAGCAAAAAAGAAGAAGAGCAAAGAACUCAGGCAAAAACUUUUCCACAUCAAACGACUCGUGAAAAACUAUGACCACGGCCUUUGUUGA